GCCAAGUCCCAAGUGGCUCGCUCGAAAGUGACGUCUCGUCGCAGUCUUCUUCUUCUUGCGAAGUCUGGUGUCACUCAUGCGGUUGUGAACCGUGUAGAGUUUCGAGCGAGUCAGCGUGAAGUUGGACUCGUCUUUGUCAGUUUGACGAUACAUGCUUCAUUUUUUCCGGUAUUUGAAGUAAUCCAUAAGGUGAUUAGGUCGCUGGUGCACGUGUUUUUGUUGUUCGAACUGACCAAACAUGCUUGACAUCGUUUUGUUUCGGGUUGACCAGGGUGGUAAUCCUGAUCUCGUAAGGGAGUCUCAAAGACGACGUUAUAAAGAUGUUGGUGCCGUUGACAGAGUUAUUGAGUUGGACACCAAAUGGAGAUCAGCUCGUCAUAGAGGAGAUUUGCUUAAUCGAAUGGGGAAUGUUAUAUCAAAGACAGUUGGAGAAAAAAAGAAGGCAAUGCGUAACACUGGUGCUGAAGAAUCUGAAAAGCCCCACACUCCGCCAAACCUGGAUGCACUGGAGCAUCAGUUGAGGGAAUAUAGCUAUGUGCAUGGUCACAUGCCUUGUCAGGUUGAUUUCCAAAUACGGGAUCGUCUGGCAGACCUGCCACAAUCAGAAAGCCAUCCAGCUGUAUUAAGAUGGUACAGCCACUUGUCUUCUUUCUCUUCUGAAGAAAUAAAAGCUCUUCCUGACUUUGAACACCUCAGUGGCAGGGUAGAUCUGGCAAAGGAAGCAGAAGGGGAUGAAACCAAAGUGCCUGAAUCUGUCCGAGAGAAAUUAACAGAACUAACUGUUGAGUUGUUAAGACCGUUGUCAAUUUCACAGUUGAAGGAGGUUAAAAAAUUGGUUGAUGAAGCUAUGGCCCAAAAUAAUGAAGAUUUGGUGAAGACUGAAAAUGAAAGGGAUGCAAUUUUAAAAGAGAUAGGAAAUCUUGUUCCAGAUGAUGUACCUGUCAGCGAUAAUGAGGAUAAUAAUGCAAUUGUAAGAACAUUUGGUGAAGAGUCAAAUAAGAAGUAUUCUCAUGUGGAUCUUAUUUCAAUGAUUGGUGGAGUUGACUCUAAGCGUGGUGCUGUUACCUCAGGUGGUCGAGGAUACUAUUUAAUGGGCCCAGCAGUAUAUCUUGAGAGAGCUAUUGUUGAAUUAGCACUGAAAAUGCUCCAUGAGAAAGGCUAUCAGCCUCUGGUCACCCCAUUCUUUAUGAGAAAGGAAGUUAUGCAGGAAGUGGCCCAACUCUCACAGUUUGAUGAAGAACUUUAUAAGGUUUUGGGAAAAGGUGAUGUUCCUGGAUCUGAUCAGGUAGAUGAAAAGUAUUUGAUAGCUACCUCAGAACAACCUAUUGCUGCCUUCCAUAGAGAUGAAUGGAUUCCCACAGAUCAACUCCCUAUCAGAUAUGCUGGACUCUCGUACUGUUUCCGUCAAGAAGUUGGGUCUCAUGGCCGUGAUACAAGGGGAAUUUUCAGAGUCCAUCAGUUCCAGAAGGUAGAACAGUUUUGUUUAACAUCACCUCAUGAUAACGAGUCAUGGAAGAUGAUGGAUGAAAUGAUCUCCAAUGCUGAGAACUUGUGCAAGGCCUUGGGUCUUCCCUAUCGAGUUGUUAACAUUGUAUCUGGGGAACUGAAUAACGCAGCUGCUAAGAAGUUAGAUUUGGAGGCAUAUUUUCCAGGGUCAAAUGCUUAUAGGGAGCUUGUUUCUUGCUCCAACUGCCUUGAUUACCAGUCCAGGAGGUUGAAGGUUCGCUUUGGAGCAACAAAGAAGAUGAAUGCUGCUGUUGAGUAUGUUCACAUGUUGAAUGCUACAAUGUGUGCCACUACUCGCGUGAUUUGUGCAUUGCUCGAGAAUUUUCAGACUGAAGAAGGUAUUGCUGUUCCAGAAGCUAUUAAGGAAUAUAUGCCUAAAGAAUACAAGGAAUUGAUUCCUUUCAAGUUCCCAGCUCCAAUUGAAGAAGAGGCUGCAAAGAAAAAGAAGAAGGGUGGUUCCAAGAACAAAGAAGAAUGAUGGUAACUUGUAGUAGCCUUAGAUUUCAGAAGGGUUAUGGUAUUCUGUAGAAAACUAUAAACAUUCUUUUUGUAAGGCUUUGGUCUACUGGAAUAAAGUUGUAAGAAUUUUUUAAAA